AUGUCAAAGAGGCGGGCGGAAUUGGAAGAAGAAUCACAGAAGGAAACUGCCGUUUGGAAAGAUGAAGACGAUGAUGAUUUGACUAUCGCUGUGCCACAGAAAGUCAAGAAAACAUUUAAAGUUGAUUUGAAAAGGAUAACAGAUGAAGAUGAUAAAGAAUUGGAUUCGAAACAAUAUAUUGGUCGCCUUCAAGAGGCAUUCAGAAGAAGACACGGAGGAGUUCCCAAGUGGGCGCAGAAAAUCGAAGAAAACCAUGACGAAGAUUCGUUAUUAACAAGUGCUGCUGGAUAUAUCGAGAAGGAUGCGAAAUUGCCGAAAACCACUAUCAAAACGACACUUUUAAAGGAUUUCAAUAUCGGAAGAAGGAAAAAACAUUCAAUUAAUGCUUUAAAAUUUCACAAGAUGCGUCCAGUCCUCAUAACAGCAGAUAGCAGCGGAACUGUUCAACUGUACAAGGUCGGCUUGGAAGCCCGUCAGGACCAUUUCCUGCAAAGCGCGCAAUUCGGGAAAUUCCCAAUCGACUGUAUGGAGAUUGCCCAAACGGGGCAUGCUGUGAUUUGCUCAUCGAGCUUGCAAGAAUAUCUGAUGCAAUAUAAUAUGGAAACAACGAAAGUCACCCAAUUGAGAUUGCCGAAAUCUGUUCCGAAAGGCGGAAUUUCGAAAUUCAAUAUAUCGUAUGACUCGGAGUUUUUGGCGAUUGCUGGCCAAAAUAGUCAUGUGUAUAUUCUUCAGGCGACGACUAUGGAGCAUAUCAAGACGAUCUCAUUGCCCUCCAAUGCCAAAACCAUCAAAUUUUUUCCAGGAGUAACGCGCGAGAUUUGGAUUCAGUGUGAGAACGGCCAAAUCGUGAUGGCCGACAUUCUCGCGACGAGCCAGCACACAUUCGCCGACGAGGGAACGAUUCACGGCACUUGUAUGGCAAUCAGCAAUUCAGGAGAUUAUUUCGCCACCGGAAAUGACACUGGAAUUGUGAAUGUCUAUGAUGGGGCGACAUGUCGAAACACCGAAAAUCCGGCGCCACUGUUUCAUGUCGAUAAUUUGGUGACAGCGAUUUCUUCGAUUGCGAUCAGCUCAGAUGCCCAAUAUAUGGCGAUUGCCAGCGAUGUUAAGGAUAAUCAAAUUCGUCUUGUCCACAUGCAAAGUCAGACAACGUUCAAGAAUUUUCCGGAUCGAUUCGGAAAGGUCUCCAAGGCGAAAUGCGUUGAUAUUUCGCCGCGCGGCGGAUUUGUUGCGGUUGGAAAUGGUGAUGGAAAAUUGCAUUUGUUCAAUAUUCACCAUUUUUCCGAUUAUUAG